UACCAGUUUUUAAACAUUAUCAGACAUAAUAAUACAAAUUGAAGGACUACAAAAAAUUAAAUAUGGCCGACGCGGCAACUGCACUGAAAUUUAAGGAAUUGGAUCAUGAGACCCAGAAAACAAUGAGAAAACUGUUCUCAGGAGAACGAGGUGGUUUUGUUCGCAUUGGUCCUAAGGGGUACCUCGUAACUGAGCGGUAUAAGGAAAUGGCAGCCGAUAUUUAUAACAUGGAAAUUAGACCGAGCGAUGUUUGGGUUGUCACUUAUGCACGAUCAGGUACGACAUGGACCCAGGAGUUAGUUUGGAUGGUGGCCAAUGACUUGGACUAUAAGACAUCCAAAGCCAUCGUACUUCCAGAGAGAUUCCCAUUUUUAGAACACGCAAUGAUGUUAUAUCCAUCGCUAAAACAAGAGAUUUUAGAAGAGAAAAAUAACGACCCGCAUGUCAAGAAAGUACUGGAAUUAUUUUCGGAACCCUUCGCAAAGCAGUUAGCAUCAGCACCGUCACCGCGUUUUAUUAAAUCCCAUUUACCAAUCACUCUGCUACCACCGAAACUUUUGGAUGCCAAAGUAGUAUACGUAGCAAGAGACCCAAGAGAUGCUGCUGUCUCUUUCUGGCACAUGGGUUCUUCUUUAAGAACGAUUUCCUUUGAUGGAGACUUCAAAACGUACUGGAACUUGUUCAUUAAAGACUUGCUUUACUGGACACCAUUUUUCGAGCACUUAAAGGAGGCAUGGGAGCAACGUAACAAUCCCAAUCUACUUUUUAUAUUCUAUGAGGAAUUACAAAAGGAUCUCAAAGGCGUAGUACAUCGCGUGGCUGACUUUUUGGGCAAGACAUACAGCGAAGAACAAAUUGACGAUCUUUGUGAGCAUCUCAACUUCAAAAAUUUCAAGACUAAUCCAGCCGUAAACAGCGACCUAUUGAGAGAUAUUGGAUUUGUUCACGAUAAACACGAAUUUAUCAGAAAAGGUAAGACUGGUGGCUGGCGAGACUAUUUUGAUGACGAGAUGACGGCCCAAGCGGAUAAGUGGAUGGAAGAAAACCUACGUGACACAGAUCUUCGUUUCCCGCAGUAAUACAUUAAUUAAAAGUGGCGUUACCUAAAAAACAAUUUAGACUUUUAAAAAUUGUGUUGACUGUGAUGUUAAAUAAAUAAAUAAUAAAUGAAGAGUUAUAAUACACUCUGUGUUCUUCUUUCACUAGUGCUAAUACAUUAGAAACUAUUAUCAUAAGUAUUUUAAUGUAGUGGCGGGUGCCAUAAUUGCGCGUAUUAGAUUAGUUACUGCUAUGAUCAUUGUUCUUUUACUAUUAGUAGAUAAGCAGCAUUUUGCGUCUAACACACUUUUGUGCAUUCAUCGAAUAUCUCUCUAUGUUUGCCUCCAAAGAAACAUAUAUAAGCAUUGGUGGAGUGUAACCUUUAGCCGCUAUUCGCAUGUAGCUCAUCAAAACUCAAAGAAUUCUGUUCAAAGCGUAUUAUUACCCGUGGAGCCUAUAGCCCGUUUUACCCGGACGGUGUUGAAUACGCUCCGUAUUCAGUAUUACAACACGUUUAGGUUGCUUGGGCUUGCCGAGGUUCUGCAGUCAAGUGUUUGCCGUGAAAAUAAUUAAAAAUAAUUCAUGCCCCAAGUUAUGUAACCUUACUUUAGUUAAGUUACAUAAAAAUAUUUUAGGUAAUUAGAAGCGUAAACCAAAUGUAAACAAUCAUUGUACACUUGUAGCC